GGGUUCGGAAUCACACCUCACAAUAUUAUUAGACAUUUUUUUUCAAGUGUGAGUGUGCUGCUUGAACAUAUUGCAUCAUGCAUAUAUAGAGAGGGGUAUAGUAUAAUAGAAAAGUAACCCAAAAGAGAGACAUAUAUACCCCUUUAGUUGCCAAUGUGUAUGUCUAGGCGUUUCAUUACUUGUCCUCUCUGUGGACGUGGUUAUGGAUCCGCUUCUAUUAACAUACACAUUCCUCAGUGCUAUGAAAAGGCACUUAAGCGCUGGAAAGUUGAUCCCAUCGGUCCGCGGCCUGUGAUGCCACCACUGAAUGGAUGUAAAAAUAUGACAACUUUUUCAGGAGGCCCUAAGUUCGGUGACGAGCAGCCGUGCGGCUCCGGCCCGAAUGCCGCUCGGUCUCUGCGCACCAACCUCGAGCAAGGUGAGUUCUCUUGCGAAAACGCAAAUCUUCAUGCAUGCUCCAAGUGUGGACGUAGGUUUAUUUUUGAUCGCAUCGGUUAUCACGAAAGCGUAUGCAAAGGAAAUAUGAAGCGCCGGGUUUUUGACAGUAGCAAGCAACGGAGAACCGAUGACGAAGGGUUUGGUGCUGGAAGUGGCAACGUUAGUUGGGGCAAGCGAAAUCAAAAAAAGAAAACUGAAGUUAGUAAAUCCGUUGGAAUUUCGGGAAGUCAAAAGAUUAGCACAUGGAGACAGCAGCAUGAAGAGUUCAUCCAAGCGAUUAGAGGUGCUAGAAAGGCAGAUGCACAAUUGCGGCAAAUGUGGGGCGUUAAAGAAUUUAACCAGGAACCCUUUCCGGUAUCUCAUUCAGGUGCAACAUCUCUAUCGCGGCGAGCAGGCGUUCCCGCAUCAAUGAUUCGGCAAAGCACAACUCGCAAGUCGAUCAUGGCACGCGGGGGUAAAGCAGGAUGGGAGGGUCCCAGUUUUCAUCGGACUCCUCCUCCAAAUGCUGAUGCCUUUCAGCCGUCUAUACGUAAUCAAAAUAGUUGGAGGCCCCCUCCAAGAGCUACUUCCAGAGGUGAUUGCCACCGUGGUGCAGGGGGUGGCGGUUUUGGCUCUGGCGGAGUUCAAAUUGCGAAUACCAAUGCAACGAGCCUUGGCAUGCUUCAAGCCUUUGGCCGUGCUUAAAAGGAGGGAGCUAAGCUCCUUGAUUGAUCGUUUUUUUUAGCUUUUCGUCGGAUGUAAAGAGAAAUUUCGAGCUAUAGAAUCCGUAAAGCUCACAGAGAGAUCACACUCAAUUUAUAGGAACAAUAAUUUGAACGAGAGGAGUAAAAUUGGAAAUUUUCACUUGUUUCAGACUCUCAACAUAUUAAUCCGCGUUAUGUUAUAAAAUCACGUAUGAUGAUACAAAGCAUAGUAUAUCUUUUCAAAUCAGUUAAUAUUGUCUUUCAUGCAUCCCUAGUGUUCUAUUAGAAUCGUUUUCCUUUUUGAGGGAAAAUAUCAUUGCUACUCUUAUUGCAGGAAAUUUCAAGUUUUUUGUGCACCGUUCUGUGUUAUUUUGUGCCCGUAUUUCUUCUCAUCUUUUUAAUAGAGGGUGGCAUCCUUUGAGCAGACCGACAAGCUUUCUCGAUAGUUGAUUUUAUUUAGAAGCGCAAUCUAAAUGCACUUUUUUUUAUGUUUAUUUUAUUUAUUUCUCAAAUAAACAUUCAAACCUAUCCCAUUAGGUAAAAUAUUCGCUUUUUUUUUCGUUCUUCACGCUUUGUAAGUCGAAGCCUGCUCAACUAGACACUAUUUGUGAACUACUAAACAUCGUUCAUGAUGACAAAACCUUUUUAAUGCGACCGAACAUAGCUGGUGUAACCAUAUCAUCACGGGUGCUCUCAGAGUCAACGGAAAACUAUUAUGAAUCUUUGCGCACCAAUCGUUUCCAGAGUAGACUGAUGCUAUUGAAAGAGUUUAGCUAACACAUGUAUUCGUUUUUUUCGGGGGCAAGAGUUUUUAUUCUUAUGCUACCAACUAUAGAGAACAGAUUCAAUAUUCUUAAAUAUGAUGACAUACUGCUUCAUAAAUGCCAUAUUGAUGAACAGGAAGCAUUUACUUGAUGUCAUGGCUGCGGACGACUCCGGUAACAAACUGUGUUACCACUUUGCCUUCUCAACCUCCUGUGUUCCAUUCUGUAGCCCAAACUACCACAUUCGAUGCUAAUGAAGUGGAGUUAUGCUAUGGUCAAAAGUCCUGUAUAUCAUCUUAGUGUUUCGGCUAAAAAUACGCUUGUUUUCUUUAACUGAAUAAGAAGUGUCGCUGUAAAGAAAAGAGUGUUCAAACAUUACUAACUGUAGAGCUAUCAUCAGGAGCUGAUUUACGCUAGGAUGCACUUUGCAAAACGAAA